CGUAACUUUUUUCUUCCACACCUUGGAGGGGGAAUUGGAUGGAGGGGUAGGUAUCUUUUUUUCUUAGCGCUACAACCCCACCAUUGCACCCCCUGGACCCUGUCUCGCCUGGCCCCUCCCAAUUCCGAUCCCUCAACCCCUGCAGCCUCACUCGACCCCAGCUCGGCUUCCAGGCAUUAAAUUUCAUCAUCGAACGCGUCUGGCCAAGCUCUGUAUCCAUCAACAACGCUAUUGCUUGUCACGAUUCCUCCUCAACGAACAAAACCGACUCCGAUAUUCUCGACCCAUCUCAUCUCUUCACACUGCGAACAUCCCGACAAGGAGCACCGUCACGAAGUACCUACCUUCAGAGAGAAACCCACACGAAACCCAAACAAUGGCCGACAAGAAAGCAAGCGCCUACGGCGCGCCCGCAGGCGACACCGACUUCCGCAAGACCUACGACCUAGACGAAUACGCAGCCAAGGCCAAAGACCGCGAGGCCAAAGAAAAAGAAGAAGCAAAGGCCCGGUACGAGGCCAAGCUCGCGGGCAAGAAAUACUACAAGCCCCUGACGGGCGACGAGACCUUGACGCAGGCGCGGCGCAACGUCCUGGACCUCAGCGCGCAGGUCGGCAAGACGCAGCUCGUCCCCGCGGGCGCGGGUGUUGGCAAGAGGGGUCGCGGCGCGGGAUUCUACUGCGAGCCGUGCGAUCUCACGUUCAAGGACAACAAGCAGUUUGUGGAGCACCUGAACACGCCGCAGCACUUGGCGAACACGGGGCAGAAGACCGAGGUCAAGAGGGCGAGUGCGGAGGAGGUGAGGGACAGGAUUGAGUGGCACUGGCAGAGGAAGCUGGAUCUGGAAAAGGAGAAGGCGACGAGUUUGCAGGAUAGGCUUGCGCUGCGGGAGGAGGAGAAUGCCAAGGAGGCCGAGGAGAGGAGGAAGAAGAGGAAGGAGGCGGAUGAGAGGAGAAGGAUUGAGAAGGAGGCGGCGGAGAAGGUCAAGACGGAGUAUGGAGAUGAUGUGAGGAUUGAGGGGGAGCAUGAUGAGGAUGAUAUGAUGGCUGCGAUGGGGAUUACGGGGUUCGGAGGGACGAAGAAGAAAUAA